GCGAAAUUUGGGAAUUGAAAUGGCGGCAACAGAGAGUGGGAGGCUGAUGUACAAGAUCUACAGGGCGCUGAGCUACGGUGUAUCGCCUGCGCUGAACCUUCACCUACGGUAUCGCCGACUCCGAGGCCACGAGCACCCUCACCGCUGGACCGAGCGCCUUGGCCGGGCCUCUCUCCCUCGGCCUCCCGGCCCACUCCUCUGGUUCCACGCCGUCUCUCUAGGUGAAGGAAUGUCGGCGAUUCCUAUAAUCAAACAAUGCAUAAAGCAAAGCCCUGAUUUGAAUAUCUUGAUGACAACCACAACAGUAUCCGCAUUUGAAGUAAUAGAUAAACGGCUUCCAAGUGGUGUGAUAUAUCAAUUUGCGCCAAUUGAUACUCCAACUGCAGUGGGCGCUUUUCUUGACUAUUGGAAGCCAAACGCAAUUGUCUUAAUGGAGAGUGAAUUGUGGCCAAAUCUUAUUAUGAGUGCUUCAGAAAAUGGUGUAGUUUUGGCAUUGUUGAAUGCUCGGAUGUCUACAAAAUCCUUCAAGCGUUUUUCAGGACCCAUGCUACUUCCACUGAUUUCAUUGAUGCUUUCAAAAUUUUCUUUGAUUGUCCCAUUGAGCACUAUGCAGGCAGUCCACUUUCAGCUACUACAAGCUCCUCCUUUUGUCAUAAACUUUUCUGGUGACUUGAAAUAUGUUGUAGAAGAUUUUGAUGUUUCUGAGGGGUAUUCAAGAAGUAUAGAAGAUCUGAAGAUACAGUUUGCCCAGAGGAAGGUUUGGAUGGCGUCUUCCAUACAUAGGGGUGAAGAAGAAAUAAUGCUAGGAGUUCAUAGAGUGCUCAUGCAAAUGCAUCCAGAUGUGGUCACUAUACUUGUGCCUCGAGAUCCACAACAUGGACUUGAAAUUGCUCAGGAAUUGAAGAAAGAAGGGCAAAAUGUAGCAUUGAGGUCUCGACAUGAAAAACUUGUGGCAGGAACAAAUAUAUAUGUCGUGGACACAUUAGGUGAGUUGAGACAACUUUAUAGGUUAACCCCAAUAGCUGUAGUUGGAGGUUCGUUCUUCCCUGGUUUAGCUGGCCAUAACAUAUCAGAAGCUGCUGCAGCUGGCUGUGCUGUUUUGACUGGUCAUCAUGUUGGGCAUUUCUCACACAUGGUACUUGAGAUGCAACGGUUAAACCCUUUGUCUGUUCUGCAGGUUUCUGGAAAAAUAGAGCUUGAGAAAGCACUCAAAGAGCUCUUCAGUGAUGCUAAAGUUCUGGAAGCGCACUGCACCGCUGGAAAGCAAGCAUUUCAUGCUCUGUCCAGUGGUAUCGUCGCCAAUGUUUGGAAUCUACUAAAUUCCCAUGUUCUCAAACGGGCUCUUUGCUAGAAGUAAAUGAAGACUGGCAUGCAACACAAGUAAAUGUGAAGGUGAAGGUUGUUGCAUUCUACAACGGUGAAGUACUUCUUGAUGGUAUGCCAUUAGUGCAACUGAAACCUGUUACGGUUCGUCAUUAUCACACAUGAAAUUUAUGGAACCUCUAGCUGUAUCUUUCAAGUCACAAUGAUCUAUCAUCUAUCAAAUCUCACUCUGCAAGUGCUAUAUUGGUGGCUUGCUCUCUGUUUGGGUACACUCGAUUUGGGCAUCAACUUUUUCCUGUAGGAGAAGGUGAAAGAGGAAUUAAAGUGGCACUAUAAUUAAAGUGGCAUUGUAUCGAAGCUGCAUUUGGCCUAGGUUUGGAUAAAAUAGAAAGAUAAUUAUGCAACUACAGACUGGAACAAAUGUUUCUUUGUCGCUUGUGCUAUCUUCAUUUCUUUUACUUCUGUUUCUAUGAAAUCUAUGUAUAUUGAGCUUACACUUUUUUCUUCAUGCAUCUACCUACUUCAAAAGGUACUGUUUCAAAACUAAACAACCAUUGAGGGAAUUAUUUUCUGCUCUUUCUGUCUUUCUUUCUUCUUUCCCCCUAACUUGAGAUGUUUUGGUGCUCCAGAAUUCAUGUUUUGGAAGCUUCAAGGUGUGAUAUAAUCUUCUUUCAUAUCCGUUGUAGUGUUGGCCUCUAGCGGCUUGGAUCUAGCAGACUUUUUGAUCUGCCUGUUUUUUUCUGAAUUUCUAGCCUGAGAGCUCAAAACAUUGAAUAAUAGAGAAGAGAACAGAUCAUCUUGGACUAUUCUGUUGUUUAGGACCAUUUACAAGAUUGUGUUUCGGGCUCUGAGCAUUUUCACCCUUCUAUAAUUCAAAGAAAGAUCUGCAUUUAUAAAAGUUGACUGAUUUUGGACUUGGGUUAUGUUUUGGCCAUGGCUGGAUUUUGCCUAUUAAAUUAUUUACACUUAUGGGGAGUUCAAGGUACCAGUACCCUGUCGCCACUUAGGUUCCUGUAUAAUAUUCAUAGUAUUGAUUAAUUUGCAGGACUACAUUGUAUAUCUUACAUCAUUCUAAAUUUUAGGCUUUCAGUUUAAUUUUAGGGGCCUAAUGCUUUAUUUUCACUGCUCAGAAACAAGUUUCACUUGAAUGGAAACAAAUUUGAUGUGCUUCAUCUGCAUUUUUAUCUAUAUGUUGUUUCUUAUGGAUCAAAGAAAGUUUAACGAGAAAUCUAAUUGAUCAAAAAAAGGUUUGAGAUGUCACUCUGUUUUAUGGCCCUUGUCUAUAUAACUAAUUUUGUGUAUGAAACUUCUACCCUUAUGAUCUAUUGGUUAAAUUCCAGUCUUUCCUGUGUGCUGUGUUUAUUUUAUGUGAAAAGUUUUUUAAACUUGCAUUGAAUGUGAAAGCCAUAAACAUGUACUCUACUUCAAUAGCGUACGGUAAUAUGUUAUUAACCUUUCAGUAGCAAUUGUUAAACAAUGCUGCUUGUCAAUCUUUAAUGGUCAGCAGGAGACAGAUUGCGUCUGCAGUAUUGCUCCUUCCCCUACUGCUGCAGCUGCCGCUCUAGCAUGUUGAUCUUUUUGCAAGGCCUUGAAGAAGUGGUAUCGAGUCCCUCCGUGAGAACAAUCCCAGCUUUUCCACACCCACAUGACAAGAGAAUCGAUUCACGUUCAGACCGCCUCCAAGUGACCAGACUAUUUCUUGGAAGUGAAACUCGUCACAAGGUAUGGCCAGAGGACCACUCUUGUUGUGACCAUAUUCUUCAUAAGCUUGAUCUAGCAACUCUCGAAAUACUGGGUGGUUCAGGUAAUCUGCCCUUAUAACAAACCUCCGGCUAGCUUCUCCCACUAUAACAGCCAAGUGGCCUGGAGGAACGUCCCGGGGUGGUUUCUUCUCACGACCUCUGGCAAACCUCCGCCACAUGCAAGCUAUCCUUUUGAGCUUCACAAUGUUACAUAUGUCACAUCUGGAAUGCUCAGUAGGAGCAGCCAUUACAUGAGGUCUCAGGUAUUCAUGUAAAGGAUUUAGGAGCGUAGAGUGGAAAUGGUGGCGUAUUUAUCAGGAGGGGAAUAUCCUCUGCUGUAAGAUCCUGUACAGUUUGUUCUUUUACAUAUCACAAGGACCCAUAUGCUUGGUAGUUACGUGGCGCUUUGUCCUUUUUAGAGAAUUACUGAAUAAGGGAUCGCUAGGUUUUGUCAAAGUUUGAUUACUGCAUGAAUAGUAUACAUUACGCUACCAAGUGAUUAGGGUUUCCCCCGUUAGCUUGUCACCAUUGUUACUUUUUCAAUUUGUUUUUCAGACACUUUUUCACAUCUCACAUGCUUUGAGAAUACAUAUCAGCUCAAUAGACUAGA